AUGGCUGAUUCAGAAAAUAUAAUUUAUUCAAGAGUAGUUGGUUUCAUUUCUCUAGCUUGUUGGAUCUGUGUUACAAUUCCCCAACUUUAUGAAAAUUAUAAACGAAAAUCUGGCAGUUCAGUAUCAUUAGCUUUAAUAUAUAUAUGGAUUAUGGGAGAAUUGCUUGAUUUGAUCGGUGCUAUUUUACAAAACUUGUUACUAACGGUGAUUCUCAUCGCGCUCUAUAAUGUAUUGAUCGAUACCUCUUUAUUAUUGCAAACCUACUACUACUGUUACCGUAAAACACCAGAUGUUGACGAACCUGAUAAUAAAUCCGACGAAUUUGAGAAUAAUUCUGAUGAAUCUGAAAAUAAAUCCAACGAAUCUAAUAAUAUAUCUGAUGAAUCUACUGGUGAAUUUAUUAAACCAGACGAUUCAAACGUAGAAUCACAAAUGCCCAUACGUCAAUCAAGAUUUAACCCAUUUUUGAAAACUCUUGCCGGGCUCUUUGUUAUCUGUUUGAUUGGUGGUAUUGCUUAUCUUAUCUCUUAUCAAACAGAGACAAAAUAUAAUCAAAAUACUGAUCUAGAAUUGAAAUUAUUGCCGCAGAUUUUUGGAUGGUCUAGUGCCACGUGUUAUUUUGUAUCAAGAAUUCCACAAGUUAUUAAAAAUUAUAAAGCACAAUCGACUGAAGGGUUAUCUUUGGCCAUGUUUUGUUAUUGCGCAUUAGGCAAUAUCACUUUUUGUCUUUCAAUCAUUAUUUACUCUGUGGAAUUUAAAUAUCUGCUCGGUAAUCUUCCUUGGUUAGUUGGAAAUGGUAGUGCUUUACUUUUCGACUGUACGAUAAUGUUGGGAUCUCGUUCGUAUAAUGAGAUAAAUGACGAUCGUUGUUCUCCGUAA